CGAAACACACACACAUUGAUACUAUUUAGCUUCGCCUCCUCCGAGUGUGUGUGUGUGUGUGUAAAAUCUUUGUUAUAUUCCCAUUCUCCACUUUUCUACUGUUUGUGAGUGGCAGCAUAUUUGUUCUCUCCUUUUAUAUAUUCUUCCCGGCUGCGCUUUUUCCUACUUUUCUAUCUCUUGUAUCUGCCGCUUUACUUUUCUCCUUCCUUAUUCCUUACUCUCUCUCUCUCUCUCUCUCUCUCUCUCUCUCUCUCUCUCAAGCUUAGAAACACGCAGUAAUGGGUGACAUUCUACACCCUCCCAUGGAGCAGCUCCAAGACCUCGAAUACUGCAUUGAUUCCAAUCCUCCAUGGCCUGAAACCGUUUUGUUAGCAUUUCAGAAUUACAUCUUAGUACUUGGUACAAGUGUGAUGAUCCCGACAAUGCUUGUUCCUAUGAUGGGAGGAAGCGAUGGAGAUAAGGCGAAAGUUAUUCAGACAUUGUUAUUCGUUGCUGGCCUCAACACGCUCUUUCAGACACUCUUCGGAACCAGGUUACCUGCUGUGGUCGGGGGCUCAUUCGCGUAUGUUGUUCCCAUAGCAUACAUCAUCAAUGACUCAUCGCUGCUACGAAUUCAGGAUCCUCACGUGAGAUUUACGCACUCUAUGAGAGCUAUCCAAGGAGCCCUAAUUGUUGCUGCUAGUAUACAGAUAAUUCUAGGCUACAGCCAAGUUUGGGGCCUUUUUUCGCGCUUCUUUAGCCCCCUUGGAAUGGCACCUGUCGUUGGAUUAGUUGGUUUAGGGCUGUUUCAACGAGGAUUCCCCUCCCUAGGAAACUGUGUAGAGAUUGGUUGGCCGAUGCUUAUUUUGGUCAUCGGCUUGUCUCAAUAUCUUAAGCACAUCAAACCAAUGAGGGACUUCCCCAUCUUCGAACGGUUCCCUGUGUUGAUCUCUGUCGCCAUUAUCUGGAUAUACUCCAUUGUGCUGACGGCUAGUGGUGCUUACCGGGGCAGAUCAAACACCACUCAGAUCAACUGUCGGACGGACAGAGCCAAUCUCAUAUCUACAGCACCGUGGUUCAUGUUCCCUUAUCCUCUCCAGUGGGGCCCGCCCACGUUUGCUGCUGGCCACUGCUUCGCGAUGAUGUCAGCUGUGCUCGUCUCAAUGGUUGAGUCGACCGGAGCAUACAAGGCAGCGUCUCGUCUGGCUAUAGCCACUCCGCCUCCAGCAUAUGUGCUCAGCCGGGGCAUUGGUUGGCAGGGAAUAGGUGUCCUACUAGACGGCCUCUUUGGCACGGGGACUGGCUCCACUGUAUCCGUGGAGAACGUCGGGCUGCUUGGGCUUACUCGGGUGGGAAGCAGGAGAGUGGUCCAGAUCUCGGCUGGUUUCAUGAUAUUCUUUUCCAUCUUAGGGAAAUUCGGAGCUGUUUUUGCUUCAAUCCCGUUUCCGAUAUACGCUGCAUUGUACUGUGUCGUAUUCGGCCUCGUAGGUUCAGUUGGCUUAUCAUUUCUGCAGUUCACUAAUAUGAAUUCCAUGAGGAGUCUUUUUAUAACUGGCAUCUCACUCUUCCUUGGGAUCUCCAUACCCCAAUUCUUCGACGGAUACUGGACCCCGCAUCGUCGUGGCCUAGUCCAGACAAAUGCAGGAUGGUUCAACGCGUUCUUGAACACGGUGUUCAUGUCCCCGCCCAUGGUGGGGCUGAUCAUCGCGGUCUUCCUCGACAACACGAUCGAGGUGGAUAAGUCUAAGAAGGACCGGGGGAUGCCGUGGUGGGCCAAGUUCCGGACCUUUCGAGGCGAUAGUCGCAACGAAGAGUUCUAUACGCUGCCGUUUAAUCUCAAUAGAUUCUUCCCUCCUACAUAGUAGUUGAAGAGUUGUAGUAUUAUUGGUUAGAUUGAGAUUGAGACACUUAGUGAAGGCUAAUCUUGUUUCUCUAUGAUUCAAUUUUUUUUGGGGCCAAAGGGUUGCUAAGGGCAUCAAAGUCUAGCGAUGAAUAAGAAAUUAGAUGCGCAUUCUGCUUGUAUUAUUACAUUUAUUUAAGCUUGUAUUAGUAGUACAUUUAAUUUAAUUUAA